AUGGUUUUAUCCCCAAAAAAUCCACAUGUCUUCAUAUUUGUAUUAAAUAUCCUAUUCGCUGUAUUUACAAUAGCACAGAAACAUUCUCGUCAACCACCAGCGCCAACGAAAUCGUACCCAGACAGUAUAACUACUACGUCACCACCAUUAAAAAGCGAAAUACCUGUUGCUUUAAAAAAAACAACCGUUUCUGAUACUGUUUCACCGACCGAAACAUCCUCUUUACAAUCCGCAUCUAUAUCAUCGUGUCAAGUAAAAAUCACAAAUCCACAUACUGGCGAUACACUUAGACCUGGUGACGAUGUAGGUGCAUCAUGGAAAUUAUUUGGUAAAGAGUGCUUUGUUGACGGUGUAGUACCACUACAUCAGGUCAGCGCAAUUCUAUUUUCAAAUUUGACUAGAGGUGAAGAGUGGAAAUGGGACUACCGACAGGUCAGAAUUCAUCUUAUUUAA